AUGAAUGGAUGGCAAUUUCAGUGCGCUACAACAACUUGUUUACCCUUUACUACUAUUACAACAUCCACUAGUCUUCAGUGUCAAAGGAAUUGUUUAGGACAGACUCAAUGCAAAUCUAUAAGUUUUCAUCAAUCAACUUCCAGUUGUCAAUUGUUUCUUAACGAUGUAAAUCAAAACGAUUAUUUGGAAGCAACUAUAGGUACUGUUACUAUGACGGUCAUUUCUGGCACGCGAACACCAGCUGAAGUUUUAAAUCAUCCCAUCUAUUCUCAUCUUAAAGCUGAGGAUGAUGUUGUUGAGCCAACUACUACAUCAACGUCAACCUCAUCAACAUCAACAUCAACGUCAACGUCAACUUCAACCUCAUCAUCUACCUCAUCAUCAACAACAACAUCAACGUCAUCAACAUUAACAUCAACGUCAACGUCAACAACAACCUCAACCUCAUCAUCAACUUCAUCAACAUCAACAUCAACGUCAACGUCAACAACAACCUCGACCUCAUCAUCAACAGCAACAUCAACGUCAUCAUCGACAUCAACAACAACAACAACAUCAUCGACCUCAUUACUAACUACCGGUAUGUAA